GUAUGACGAGUGCUUUAACACUUGGUUUACACAGAAAUUUUUGAAGGGAGAAGUUGGUCCUGAACCGUGCUCGUCAUUAUUUGAAGUUUACCAGCAGUGCUUGAAGGUGACUAUUGACUAUUGACCGUAGAUAUUGCACUAUGGAACAGUGCCGCCAACUGAAAGAGGAAUACGAUAAUUGCUUUAACUUAUGGUUUAGUCAGAAGUUCUUAAAAGGAGAUGACAAUGAUGAAAUAUGUGCUCCACUGUUGAAAGUGUACAAAGAGUGUGUUAAGAGGACAAUGAAAGAAAAUAAUAUAGAAAUGAAAGAAAUUGACAAGCCGGUAUUGGGCACACCUGAAGAAAAGAAAGCUCCACCUUAACGGCAGCGAAAAACAGGACAAUUAGCAACGCUACAAUCUCAAAAUAUUCCAGUGAUAGGGCUGGAAAUGUAUUGGCCACAUAUCCCUGAUGGCCCUUUUUGUGUAUAAUAAUUGUUUGUAGGUCUAAUACCGUAACUGCACUUUUAUUGGGGGCUGCAGGGCUUUCACUUAUAAAGAACAAUAUAAAGAUUGCAAUACUGAUGUUAUUCUUAAAUAUAAAGAACUCAAUUUAUGGGCUUAAUCAUGUUAUAAAAUUGACCUCAAAUUUAAUGUUAUAAUUAUUUCAAUGCUGUGUAAAUUUUGGAGCUGUAGUUAAAUAUUUAAACCCAAGUUUCAAGAUUGUUAACUUUAAAAUUGUAAUGUGCUUUAUAUUUUAUAUACAUAAUAUAUUUAUUUAUUUUGACCUUUUUUUGAGUGACCAAUAUGUUUAUGAACAUGAUGUUUGUACAGUGAUCUUCUGUUUCUUUGAGGUGGUCCGGUCCGAUCAAUUUAGAGUGACUGUCAAGGUCAGGAAAAGUGGAAACACUUUUAUCAUUCUAAAAGGAAUUAUAGGCAUUUAAAGUAAUGAAUUUGGAAAUUACACGUAAACGUGGUAAUAAAAAAUGGCUAAAGAUAAGAAAUUUAAGGUUUUGCAAUAUGUAUAAUUUAUAUGUACAUUUUUUACUUAAAGGAAUGACGUGUUUUAAAUUAAUUAUGACUAAAGGAAAUACAAUUUUAAAAUGAAAUAUGACUUAAGAAAAGACUCCAAUGAAGUAUUAUUAUGAAAAAUAGCAUACUUUAUACACCCUAUAGUCAUAUUUUAUUACAUGUAAACAUUCAUAUACUGUAUUUAUCUUAAGCCUUUAUCUGUGAGAUAUAGCACAAUUUUUUACUUUAAAUGCUGUAUGAUUGUUUAUGGAAUGAUAACAGUUUUAUUUUUAAUUUUCCUAUCUUUUCCGCAUCUGAUUACAUAUUAGACCGGUAACAAACCUUUGGGUCACCACUUUACCAUAAUUUCUCUUUUAUACCAGAAACAGCUGUCUUGCCAAUAACUUUACUGCUAUUAUUAUUUGAUCAGAGUGUUUUAUAUAAACAAUUGGUUACUAAUUAAUUGUAUUUAUAUAAUUUGUAUGUGUUGUUUUUGUUAUAUUGUUGAUGUAUAUAUUUGACCAGAUAGCUGAGAAAUAAUUACACAGUAAAAGAUGGUUUUUUACUAGUGUAAAGUAAAAAAUGUAGGAAAUUUCUCUUAAGACUUGUUAAUACUGCAUCAAAAAUAUUGAAUACAUCUUUAAUCGGUUUUUCUGUCUCAACCAUGAUCUAAAAAUUGAAUCAUUAGGGUUGAAUAAAUUGUAUAGUGUAUUUGAAUGCGUAGUAAAGUUGUCCAAUAAAUUAUUCCAAGUAAAAAUUAAAUAUAUGAAACAUGUUUAUUUAUAUAAGAUAAUUUAGUGCACUAGUUAGCAAAAGUGUAAAAUAAUAUAUCAAAAUUAUUUGAAAAAAUAAUUUUAUUAUUUAUCGGUCUACAAUUUUGCUAUUCAUUAAAAUAAGGCCAAACGAUCUUGUGCUAAAUAAAUGUUGGUGCUUAAAAAGUUGUUAAACUAAUGGAGGGGCUUUGUGUUAAAAUUAUUUAAGUCUUACUUAUAUUGAUCAGUAAGCGUAAAUACCUCAGCGUAAUUUCUUUCAUUACCUAGAUAAAGCAUUUAUUUAUUAAAUAUUUCAUAGGGGUGUUGUAGUUCUCUUUAAAAAAUGUCGUAGCUAAUUUUAUUUAGUAAUAGUAAAUAUGUUUAGAGUAGAAUAGUUUACUUAUUUUCAUUAUAUUAAAAAUUGUGGAAACUAUA